AUGAUCAGUGCUAAGAAACUCAUCAAGAUGACCAGGAGAUGGCAAAAGUUUGCGGCCAAGCAAAGGAAGAGGAUUUCAUUUCCAAGAAAUAGUAGUGAUGCAAACAGUUGUAGUACAUCUUCAUCCUCAAUUGCCAUAAAAGGCCAUUUUGUAGUCUAUACAACUGAUCAAAAGCGCUUCGUAAUUCCCUUGGCUUAUCUUGAAAUUGAAGUCAUUAGGCAACUUUUAAACAUGUAUGAAGAAGAGUUCGGGCUACCACGUGGUGGACCUAUUACAUUAUCGUGUGAUUCAGACUUCAUGGACUACAUCGUUUCACUAAUCAAGAAAGGCGUAGUUGCUGCAGAUUUUCACAAAGCAUUGCUUCUUUCAAUUACUUCAUGUUGUUGUUCAACCUCUUAUUUGCACCAAGGUGGAAACCAACAACUCCUUAUUUACUAA